AAGUCUGGGAUCAUGAAGGUCAAGUGGAACAAUUUUAAGUUACUGCUGUUUUGGCUAACAGUCUUAACGCUCUUCGCCUUCAAAGUGGAUGCCCGCAAACGUCUUAAAAUUGGAUUGCACAAGAAUCCUGAACCAAUUGAAGAAAAUGUCAUGAACGAACUUAAGACCCUGUCUAUAAAGCACAAUCUGAAAGUUGACAAUACAACUUCUUCGAAAUCGCAUACAAGGGAUUCCGGAUCAAAGCUCGCCAAACUAGAAAACCUCUAUAACACGGAGUAUUAUACCACUAUAAAAAUUGGAAGUCCUCCACAGCAUCUUAAAGUGCUAAUCGAUACGGGUUCGGCGAAUCUCUGGGUGCUUUCAAGUAAGUGCCCAGACACGGUAAAGCCCUGUGCGAAUCAAGUUAAGUACAAUUCAAGUGCUUCCACAACUUAUAAGGCUAUUAAUAAAGCAUUCACUAUUGAAUAUGGAGCGGAUUCGAAUGGAGGAAAUAUUGCACUCUCUGGUUUUGAAUCCGAGGAAACGGUAAACAUAGCUGGAUAUUCCAUACAAAAUCAAGUUUUUUCCGAAAUCACCGAUGUCCCCGAAACCGCAUUUCUCAAGUCAAAGUUCGUUGGAAUAUUCGGCUUGGGUUUUUCCAGCAUAUCCAUCAAUGGUAUUACACCGCCCUUCUACAAUUUAUGGACUCAAGGUCUGAUAAAAAAGCCUGUGUUUUCCAUUUACCUAAAUAGAAAUGGCACAAGUUCUGUUAGUGGUGGGGAGCUGAUUUUGGGAGGCAUUGAUUCGGGUCUGUACAGUGGAUGUUUGACCUAUGUGCCUGUUUCAACAGCAGGCUACUGGCAAUUCACCAUGCCCAGCGCCAAAGUGAAUGACUUUAAUUUCUGUGAGAAUUGCGAGGCCAUACUUGAUGUAGGCACUUCCCUAAUUGUUGUGCCCGAGAAUGUCCUGAGUACUAUCAAUCAAAUAUUGGGUGUUCUUAACCCAAAGGAUAACACAAAUGUCUUCUUAGUAAAUUGUUCAAGGAUCAGCGAACUUCCGGAUAUAAUCUUCACCAUUGCCCGCCGUGAAUUCCGCUUGAAGUCCUCCGAUUAUGUGCUGCGAUAUGGAGCCACUUGUGUUUCAGGUUUUAGCAGCAUGAAAGGCAACACUUUGUUGAUUCUGGGUGAAAUCUUCUUGGGAGUCUAUUAUACGGUCUAUGACAUUGUCUACAAGCUUAUUGGACUUGCACCAGCUGUACAUUAAUUUUAAUCUUUUGAA